GCGCUGAUUUCCUUAGUAACCAUUUGGCGUACCCUACCGGCUCGGCGGGCUCCGUCAGCAUAAAGAUGGAGCCUUGGCGCCGGGAGCCCGACCUCAGGCCGUUUUACCACCAGUUGCUGAGUCCGCUGUCGCUCUUUCCCCGCAAGGAGACGCCUCCAGAGCCUCCGAAGCCUCUCUCGCAAGAGCACUCGGUUUUGCAAUCCAUCCCGCUCCCGAAGCUGAAAGUGGGGCAGCUAUGCCGCCAGGUGUCCAAGAGGCUAGCAGGCAGCGGGCGGGCGGCGCGGGUGAGUCCCGAGGACCGACUCCGUCUCACCGAGGUUAUCCUAGAGGAGCUGAAGUGCAGCUGGCAGGAACCUCCGCCAGAACCCAUUCUGAACUACGAGAACAAUCUGAAGCUGCGGAAGCGGCUGGAGUCCUACGUGCUGAUCUGUAGUGAGCAGCUCUUCAUACGCUACCUGCACCUGCUGGUGACCCUGCCGCCCUCCAGAAAGGUCUUCACUGAACCGGCCAUCCUCAGCCGGUUGGCAGCCAGCCUUGCCAGGGAUUGCACAGUCUUCCUCACCAGUCCCGACGUCUACCGCUGCCUGCUGGCUGAUUUUCAAAUCUUACGGAAUUUAGAGCAGACCCAGGAUGGCUUAUCCAAGCUGCGGCCCCCUGUCUGUCCCCCUGGGACUUUCAAGCUCUGUCCAAUCACCUGGCCUCACAGCACCGGCUUAGACCAAGUGCCAUGCUCUAGCCUCAACCUGAACUACCUUAUCCAACUCAGCCGCCCAUAUGAGUUCACCAGUGAGCCCGAACCUGAUCCAGUGAAGGAGUUGAAAUCCAUCCCUCUGCUGAAGGGGAGGAAGCGGCUCCUCUGGGUGCCCUCCAUGAAAAAGGAAAAAGAAUCUGAAGUGAGAACCUCACAGAUGGCAGCACUGCCUGGCCAUUCUCCUCCCAGCAGUAAGGUCGCCCUGUUCCCCAGUUCACCAGUCUUGUCCCGGCUCCAAAGGGGUCAAUCCAUGCCCUGUCUUCGUGAGGGGUGGAGACUGGCAGAUGAGUUGGGCCUUCCUCCGCUCUCCCCUCGUCCCCAAACCCCGUUGAUCUUGACUCCAGAGAUUACACCGCUGCUGUUUGGGGACGUAGUGGCUGAGGAUCUGAAGCAGAUGGUGAAGACCAUGACGAUGGAGAUGACUCACUACUCCCCACUGGACAAGGGCCUGCCUCCUCUCCUUGGGGUCCUUACCCGGCGCCUAACUGCCCAGCACCACAUAGAGGACCUGCAGCAAAUGCUGAAGAGCCUGCAGGCUGAAGAAGCCUCUGGCCAGUGGGAUCUCCACCCCGAAAUAAUCACUCCACUUUACCCACAGCCAAUGACUAUUACUUUGAAGCUACAAAACCAGCUCGUGUUCCAGGUCACUACUGUGCAACACUCUGACAGGAACUAUUCUGACUCUUUCCAUGUUGAGGAGGCUGGGGUCCUAUACAACCAUCUGAAUGGGGAACUGGAUAGCAAAGCCAUCGAACAAAUGGAUGCUGACCGUCUUGUUGGUAAUAAAACCAAAGAGGUAUACAAGGAAUUGAUGAGCCGAGUCUCUACCAGCCAUUUCUCUUUUGAGGAAGGACCCCAGAUUGAGCCUUCAGCAGAUAAAGAUUGGUCCUCCCUCCUGUCCUCAGUUUUGAUAUGUGAAGGUAAAAAGAAGUCUCUCAUUAACCUUGAUCUGGUUGGACUUAACACCAAGAAAACAAGCAGUCAGCAGUUGCGCCCUGAGAAGGAGGCUUCCGUCACCUUACUUCCGAGGGGCAAAGGCAGGGACAACCAGUCAGGUAAGGGUGUAUGGUCGAACUGGUGGAAAACCGCUGUGUCCUCGGAUGACUACUUCAAGUUCCUCGACACUCAGGAGACAGAUUUCCUCCAUGUCAUCUUCCGAAUGUACGAAGAAGACGUUCCUGUGGAGGUACCACCCCCUGUCAAGGAGACCCUGAGGAUUCGGCACCCACCUCCUCUGCAGGAAGAUGAAGAGCCAGAGUUUGUGCCAGGAGAGUGGAACUGGAACCCGUUGAUAGAAGACAGCAUGGGGCCUGGGAAAGCCCGCAUCCUAAACCUGCAGCAGCGUCUAGAAAGACUGUGGAUCGUGUUGGAAGUCCCUGUCCAGAGCCGGCUGGACAUGGUCAUUAAGUACAGCUCCAACGCGCGCCUGCGGCAGCUACCAACCUUAAUCCGGGCCUGGGAGCGGGCCCUGAAACCCAUUCAGACACGGGAGUUGUUGCUAGGGAGACUGGAGUGGUUUGAGCGACAAGCCUCCGACCCAAACCGCUUCUUCCAAAAGCCCGAUUUGCUGCUGAAUCGACUCCUGGAGGAGAAUGUGAUCCGUAGCCAACUCCAAAGGAAGCUCAGUCUGAUAGAACCGCCUUUGGCUUCCUUCCUGGAAAAGAUAGAGUCAAUCUUUGGGGAGCCAGUGACCUUCAAGGGGCGUCGCUAUCUGGAGAAGAUGAAGCAGGACAAAGUGGAGAUACUGUAUUGGCUCCAGCAGCAGCGACGGGUUCGAAAUCUGAUCCGGGCCCAGAAAGCCUUGCACCAAUCCACGAGGAUCAGCAGCCGAGCUUUGGUAGCUCCUAAGAAUACUCCUAUUGCCCGCUAAGGACACCAAGUGUUCUUAAAUCCCUUCCUCACCCCCAAAUGCCCACAUAGAUCUCUCAAUGGCUUUGGAAGAAGUACGGAUAUCUUUAUAAGAGAGUGGGAUUCUCUCUCUUGACAUUCUAAAUAAAAGCGUCUCCAAACCUGGUACUCCCAUGUAUGUUAACAGUGCUGCACAACACAACCAAAAUCCCCUACGAGGUAGUCCCGUGGAGUCCAUUCUCAUAGAGGUCAGACAGAGCAAGUCCUGACCUUUAGAACAGUUCAGUUUAGCGCUACUAUCUGGCUAUGUUAAGUAGGCUGCUGCGAGCUCCGAGUCACUCUUGUUUGGGCUCAAUGGCACACGCCUAAACAGAAGUGUGUGAAUCCUGACUGUAUGACUUAGGGCAAGUCACCUAAUUUCUCUGUACUUGUCAAAUAAGGAGCUGGGUCCACGCCGUUCCUUCCAAUGUUACACUCUGCUGGCAGGGCUGAAGAACUGUUAGAUUUUUGCCUGUUAAUAAAAACACUCUGUAGGCUGGAGAGAUGGCUCAGCAGUUAAGAGCACUGUCUGCUCUUCCAAAGGUCCUGGGUUCAAUUCCCAGCACCCACAUGGUGGCUCGCAACCAUCUAUACUGGAAUCUGAUGCCCUCUUCCUUUUUUUUUUUUUUUAAGACUUAUUUAUUAUGUAUACAGUGUUCUGCCUGCAUGUGUGCCUGCACAACAGAGGAGGGCACUCAGGAGGCGGAGGCGAGCGGAUCUCUGUGUUUGAGGCCAGCCUGGUCUACAAAGAGAGUUCCAGGAUGGCCAAGAGCUAACACGGAGAAACCUUGCCUCAAAAACCCAAACCAAAACAAACAAACAAACAAACAAAAAGCUGUGUUUUUUUUAAAGCAACCAAAAUUCUCACUACAGCUGACUACUGUGGGAAAAUAUUUUUUAAUGUAAGGAAGAGGACAAUAAGGGUGAAUAAUAUUUUAAUUGAGGUGGUCUUAAUUACCAAAGCUGGCUUCCAACUCACAGAGGUCCACCUGUCUCUGCCUCCUAAGUACUGGAAUGAAAGGUUUGCAUCACCCAUGCUCAACCUAAAGGAAAUUUUUUUUAAUUUUAAUUUUUAAACCUUUACUAUCUAGGAGGUGACAAAUAUCUCUCUUGUCAGCCAGAUGUGGUGACAUACACCUUUGUGUGUGUGUAUGUGUGUGUGUGUGUUUGUGCAAGGUGAGUUGUGGAUGUAUGUGGAGACUAGAGGUCAAUUUUAAGUGUAACUGUUUAGGAGUCUUCCACUUUGUUUUGUUUUGUUUUGUUUUGUUUUGUUUUGUUUUGUUUUGGACAGGGUCUUUCAUUGGCUAGGCUCAGGCUGCUUUCCACCUACCUCUGUCUCCCCAGCCCACGCCCAGCCUUCUAGACAACGCCUGGGGAUCAAGCUCAUAUUUACAUGGCAGCACUUUAUCAACUGAGCUAUUCACCAGCCCUGAAUUUUUAUAUUUCAUGUGUUUAAAAGUUUUCCAUUUCUGUAAAAAUCAAUGUCUUUUGUCCUCUCCCAUUUUUUGACAGUGUCUCACUAUGUAUCCCUGACUGGCCAGCUAACCUCUGUCUGCCUCCUGGGUGCUAGGAUCAAAAGUGCAUGCUCUCUAGAACACCCAUCUUCCUACAUCUUGUUGUUGAUAAGGAUGUCAUAAUGAAACUUUUUAGUGUGUGUACUUUUAUUUUAUUUUUGAGAUUAUAAUAUAGUUACACUUUUCCCUUUCCUCCCUUCAAACCCUCCAUAUACCAUUUAUUGCAUUCUUUCAAAUUCAAAGCAUGUUUUCACUAUUAUUACAUACACAUAUACAUAUAUAUUCCUAUAUGUAAUCUCCUUAUCUGCAGCUAAUCAAUAAAUCUUUUCAUUAUGGUCUUUUCCCAGUGGUCACAAACUCCCUACCAUCUUUUCCAAAAAGAAACCCAAGAGAUUUUUCUAAAAGAAUAAAUCUAUGUUGGUCUCUAUUCAUUCUAGUUUAUUCUGUUUUGUGGCAUGUUUAUUCUUAUUCAAGGUUUUGAGUUCUUUAACCUUUAACAAAUAAGUUAUUUUCUGUAUAUAGGUACCUUUGAUGUAUGUAUGUACAUGAGUGGUGCCAGAAAGGGUCCCUGAAUGACCUGGAACUGGUUGUGAACUGCCACGUGGGUGCUAGAAACUGAACUCGGGUCCUCUGCAACAGUAAUCAGUGCUCUCAACCACCAAGCCAUCUCUCCAGCCCCCAACAUUUUGACUUUUUCCCUCAGUUCGUCAGAAUUCUUUAUGUAUUUAGGAUCUACUGCUGCUGAUUCGGUUUGUAUGUUUGGUGGAUCUAAUAUUAAUGUAAAUCCGUGUUCACCCAUGAUUUGCCAAUUGCAACAUGCUAUUCACAACUGAUUCUCGGGUAAAUCCAGCUUUCCAUUAGAGCAGAGAAUCCA